AUGAGUGUGUGGCGCCUGGAAUCCUCUCUCACUCUCUCUCGUCGGUUUGCUCUGUCUUUGGUUCUUGCAUUGUCCUGUUCCGUCUGCACGCCUGAUAUGCUCCUCACCUGCCAUCCUACUCAUUAUUUAGUAGAUUCGACCCUCGCGGAUUGCCGAUACCCCGGUGAUUCUUUUCGUCCUCUUUGCCCCAUGCCUGUUCCCUCGGACAUCCUUGGAAGUCAUUGUACAGCGUCUCUGAUCUAUCGCGUCUCUUUCGGUUUACUGCUCGUCAGAUAUAUCCACCCUUCUGUUCUUUGUACCCUUAUGUCUGUUCUUUUGUACUCUUAUGUCUGGUUUCUUGUAGGCUUUGCACGAUAA